AGAGUCAGUCAGUCAGUCAGUCCAGGUCCACGCAGCGCCCUGAAGUUCCGGAGACGAGCCGGGUCUGGAUGAACUAGAGUCUGGAGGGUCAAACUGGAUACAAAGACCAAACUGUGAGCUGGAGUUUACUUUAGUUUGAACUCGAAGGGAAGAGCGGGAGGACUCGGCUUUGUUCGCUCUAGCUCCGGAAUUUUUCUUUUCAGCAGUUUCAUUUUUAUGUUAUUUUAAUUUUUUUCAAGCGUUAAUUUUUUCACGUUUUUGUGUUAAAGUUUAAUGUCAGUCCAACAAAAGAAGAAAUUCAAAAUCUGACAGCUGACUGACGAAAAGUUGCGCAACCGACAGGACAACAAUAUCAAGACAAAGACGUCAGCCACGUACAGUCCUCUCCAGUCCUCCCAGUAUCAACAGAUCUAAUGAUUCCUGUCUGAAUACAAACUUUGGAAACUUUCUGAAUUCACGUCUCCAGUAAAACCUACGCUACAGGAAAACCGACCCAGAGAGACCAUCAGCUCCACACUGACUCUACUUUGGUUUCCACUGGAUCUGCUGGUUUCCUGUUGACCCACAAUCCGGAUCAGUUAGUCUAAAGAACACAAGGUAAGAGACCAACCUGAUGCUUUAUGUUUAAGUUUGUUAUCCAAAAAUUUUAAAAGCGCACACGUUUGUGAAAGAAAUGUGCUUCAAUAGGCUACUGCAAUAUAUAGUGGAUUCUUAUAAAGGAUAUUAUACUGUUCGAUAUUGAUUUUUAUCGUACCUAUAGAUAUUCACGAUGCAUCAACGUGCAGAAAGCUUCUUCAUUUUUCACUUUUUUUUAAAUGGGGGAGGUAACGUUCAGAUUUUGGGGACAGAUUUUAAAGUAUAAUUCACACAAUGUUUUAAUUCAUAACUAAUUAACCAUUAACCUCUGAAAUGCUGUUAACAUUGACAGGGUUAUGAACUAGAAACAUUUGUACUGUAGAUGUUUUACAUCAAUAUCUGAGGGCAGUGUGUUCAAUAUAGCUGUCAUUUUGAAACUGAAACAGACUGAACCACAAACAGCAAACUCCCUUUCUUAUCUCGGUAAUGACCCUUUUAUAGCUUCUUCCUUAACUAUGAUUCAUGUUGCAUCAGCUGAUGCAGUGAACUCAGUUGUUUGUUGAUGUUUUAGUUGAUACUUGAGCUCAGUCAGUGGCUGUUUUUGCUGUAAGGAGUUUCUGUGCAUGUUUGCACACAGAGUGAUUCAGCUGAAAGUUGUAGAAAAAGCAAGAAAAGAGUGUUAAUUUAAAGUGCUGAAUGUUUGAGUCAUUGUGGGAGACCAACUCGUAUUACACCUGAGCCAGUGUUGCCCACUCUGCUAAAAUCUAUGAUAAGAGCAGGUACAGUAUGCAGAGUAUUCUAUUAAAGUAGGAAUAUGAGAUUGAGAAAAUAGAGACAGAGUAAAAAAACAAAGUCUUGUAGUUUUAAAUGAGGUCAGAUUUGGAAACUGCACUGGUACAGUGUAAUGUCUACUCACAGUUCUUAAGUCUUUCCAGCAAAAUGUUGUUUACACUGAUGAACCUGCACAAACAAAGAACCCAGAUACAAGUAAUUAAAAACAACUACAAUUACAACAGCAGUAUUUAUAGAUGCAUAAAAUCAACAACAACAACAAAAAAAAACAUGGUUUAAAUGUGCUCCCAGGGGGUUUGAGCUGCAUAAGUGUUAAAACUGGAAGGUUUUCUUCUCCAUGCUUUGAGUGCUGACAGGAUUUGUAUGCUGCAACUGAGAUGAAAUACAUGAUUUGAAGAUAUUAUCCAGUUGAACAAAAGACAACUGGGAUUGUAAAAGUGAAACUCCUGUUAUAAAGUGCCUUUACAAAUAAGGUUUUAUAUUCAAAGUGCAUCGACACAAAGGCAAAAGUGUGAACACAUGCAAUUAUAGGAAGAAGGCCAGAAUCCAAACUACAGAAUAACUGAAACAACUUAAAAAACCAACAGCAGAAGAACCCAAACUACAGAAAAAAAUAUGAUUAAAAACCAAGAGGAACAAAGAUUUAUAAUGAUAUUAAAAUGAGAAAGGAACAUUAGAAAGACAUAAAAGUACUAGAAUGAGAAAAUCAAUUCAGAGAUAAAAGCAAUAAAAUUAGAUAGAGGGGAUUAAAAGAUCAAAACAAUGGAACCAUAUGAAAGUGAUUAAAAGAUAAAGGAGACAGAAAGAGACAAAAAAAGUUAAGAGCUCAUAGAAACAAUUUAUAGAGAGAGAAGCAAAAAAAGUAUAAGAUAACAGCUGAAUGUCUGUCACUAUAUUUAGGCACUUUGUGGGUUUAUGUUGAAACAGCUGAUUAAUAAUGAAGUUACUAACUCAGGAAAUACAGUUUUGAAAGGAACUGUUGAAUCAGAGAUAGUUGGAGGUUUGGGAUCUGAAGAGGACUUCAUUACUCAAAGGCUAGAUGUGACUUUUAAACUGUCUACGUAAACUUUAAUCACGGAGAUGCAGAAGUUGCUCAAGAAACUGGUUAAUAGUCUGUUAAAGCGUGGGCAGUAAAGACAUUCCUUUUGAUCCAUUUUCAGAUUUAACUUUACUUUGUCUCAUUGUUGUUAGCAUAGCAAGCCAACUUGGCAUUAGGAUGAACUGCUAGCAGGUAGUUGUGUUUAAUAUGGGGCAUCAGUUUGAGUGUAGGACAGGUAGGAAGCAGGUGUAGGGUUAUAUAACCAAUGAUGUUUUGUAUUGGUUGGAACAAAUUAGUAUCUCUGUUGUCAAAUACAGGCAGUGUCUUGCAGGCCAUAUAAUAUUUCAGAGGAUUUUUUUCAUCUUUCUUUGGAGUCGGCCAAACCUGUUUGUGUUAUGAGAUUUUUUCAGAUAAAAAAUUUGAUUUUAUGACAUUAAGUUAAGCUAUAGAACAAUGAGAUAGACAUUUGUUGCUGUUUUCAUACAGUUAUAGGCUGUUUAUUUACAUUAAAUUUAAUUUAUGAUCACAUUUAUAGGUGUGCAUUGCAGCCAUUCGAGUUUAUAAGAGGUCAGGAAAGCUAUAAGUGAAUAAAUUUCAUAUAGAAAGAGGGAAUAAAUAGUGAAAGAUCAAUAAAGAGAGUUUAGGAUGGUCUGUCAGUGGAGAAAAGUUUGUUUUCCUUCAUGUCCCUUUUUUAGUCUGAUCUUUGAUUGUGAAACUGCAGCUCAACAGAAAGUGAUGUAGAAAUCUUUUGCAAAUAGCUGACAAGAUGAGACAUCAAACAGCACUGAUUCACUGUGUGUAUUGGUGUGUGCGUGUGUGUGUGAGGGAAUGACGUUGCCGUGGUGACACUCUGACUCAGGGUGUUUCACCAGAGUGAAAGCAGCAUUGGCUAACAGCAGGUUUCCACUCAGUGACACCACACCAACUCUAGGCUCAAACACUCUGUACCACAACCACACAUCCAUCCUCAGAGUGUGUGUGUGUGUGUGCGUGCAUGCACGUCAGCGUAUGUGUGUGUGUGUGGUAGGUGUUGACUGUAUUUAAAGCCUGUUUAAACUAUAAACUGUUGUGCUCUGAUGCAACGAUCUGAAAGCUGAAGCGUCUGUCAGCUUACAGGAAGUUUCAUCAUGAAGCCUAUAGACACGUUAACAUGUGAGCAGCAGAGACACCGAACACAGAGAGAUGUGAUAAUCAUGUCAUUCUUAUUACAGUAGAGGAAAUUACACUGAGGAGGGUGUUAGAGCGGGAGAAGGCCCAGCAGCUGUGUCACCAGUAGAGGGCGCUAAAGUGCAGAAAUUAACCCAAGAGUGAAAACUUGAGCCCUGUCCUCACAGAACUCACAAAAAAAUGACCAAUAAAGUCAGGCAUCCCACCAAAUCAUCUAAAUACAGUGCAUAUAGUCAAGUCAGACAAACUCAAAGUGAUUAUUACAACAUUUUCUCGUUAAAAUGUUGGGAACACUAUCAUGAAAUCAUGUUGUUUGUUGUUCUGAUCCAAAGUAACCCAGUGUCUGGGUCCAGAUGUCUUGGAUUAAAAUAGCCAAAUUGGAUAAAAUUUAGAAAUCAAGUGUUCAAAAAGGCUUGUGUUGUGUGUUUUUUUCUUUUUUUUUUUUGAGCUCUAGACUAAGGGUAAAAUAGCUUUUAUAUUAAAAAAUCCAAGUUAAGUUGAUCCCAGCAGAGGACUGGUCUGAAAUAACAGAAAUUAAAUAAAAUUUAGAUGAAAACUUGCCGAACAAAACAACAUGUUUACAAUGAUAUGAAUAAAGUAGAAUAAUGGCUGCACAACCAAAUUAGGUUGAAAAGCCAGUUACAAUUAAGAUGCAUGAGACUAUCUGAAUGUUAAUAAGGUGGAAAAUUGAAUUUUAGAGGCUCUCCUUGAAGAAAUUUCAGGUUUUAUUUUUCUGUCUUUUAAAGUGACAAAAAAGUAAAAAUGAAGUAAAGAAAGAAAUUCAGUGACAUUCGAAGAAUAAGAUGCUUUCCUAUUGAUGCAUACCUGAAACUGCCUCCAAACUUUUUCCAAAGUGUGUUGGUCAUACACACUCCUCACAGCAUGAAUCCUCACUUUUUGGACAUGUAGGGAUGACUCUGAGGAGGCAUAAAAACUGCAUCAUAAACACGCUCCGACAGCAGCAUGAUGGAGGUCAAAGCAACCGAGACUAAAUUAGGGCCAGUAAAUAAGGGCUUGAAUGAUCUUAGGUUUUCACCUCACAGUCAUCAAGGCCAUAAAAGAUACUUCAAAAUAAAAGCACAAUUAGUCAUAUUGAGUAAAAUGCAAGACAAGGUGGAGCCACACAUUACGCCACAAUCUUGACUAAUUCACACAUUACCUCUCCUGUGAUCAUAAAUUUUGUAAUAAUGUUCAAAUUUAUGAUUAAUCAUCAGCCUUGUGACCAAAAACUUCUUCAGACACGAUCUCAUAAAACGCUACAUUGUCAUGCUUCUAUUUUGAUACUCUUUAGUCUUUCCACCGGGUUAGCAUUUUCAAACUAUGCUCUUAUUUUAAAGAAUACUAUUUUUGGCUAAUUGUAAAUUACGGAAAUGAAUGAAACAAGUUAAAAGGACAAUGAGUAAGUUUAAAUGUUGGAUUGAUUAGCAACUCAAAGAGGCACGAGCUCUAACAGGAUUCACAUUAGGUCUUAGCAUCAGUUUUAAAAGUGCCAAAUCCUCUCUAUGAAGGAUGCUACGACUAGCUCUCUAGCAGUCUACCUUUACCUCUCCUUGUACCCUGCGUUUUAUGACGUGUGGUUUAGUGUACAGCAAAACACAAGAGUACUGCAUGUGGACAGCUUUUUAGUUUUCCUACAUUUUCAUCUCUAAAUUCAGUUUGUUCUGAAACAUUUGGAGAAAAUAUUCUCACAGAAGGAACACUUAUGAAAUGAGUGCUGGUUUCACAUGUCUGCACACGGCUCUCUGUGAACAUGGAAAAAAUAUCCUGCAGCUUCAACAGCUCCGUCAUACUGUCAUGUUUCAAACUUAUGCUGUAGCUGCUCCACAGUCAGAACAAACUCACCUGAUAAUGUCACUUCUCUCCUCCAGUCACAGGUGAGCAUGGGCGUGGCCACACCCAGGUCUCAGCAGUGUCUGAAGAGGUUACUGGAUGAGCCCCGGGACAAUUUACUGAAAUGCAAAGUUGCACGUCUGGCUCCGCCCCCUCCGACCACCGACCGAUCCACCUGCCUCAGAUCCAAAAGCCCCACCCCCAAGGCUGACCAGAGCCAAUCCCCAAUCAGAGUUGGGCCAUACAUCCUGUUUGAACGCUGUGAGGGGGAGGAGACUUACAAGGCUGUGCAUGCCCACACAGAGCAGCAGUACACCUGUCAGGUAGAGACCAUGUCAUUAUGAACACAGUGAAAAAAAAGAACCUUCAGAGUUUUACUGACAAACAGCUGGAAAUACCAAAACUAAUGCUGUUGUUACUGUGACUGUAUUAACCGAUCCCUCCCUCCUGGUUUCUGUGUGCUCAGGUGAUCCCUCUGCGUGGUUACCAGGAGCGAUUGACUGCCUACACCCGCAUUGGUCACCAUGACAACAUCUGUGGCAUGCAGGACUUGGUGGUCGGCCAGGAUAAAGUGUACAUCUUUCUGCCCGGUCACCAUGGUGACAUGCAUGCGUAUGUGAGAAGCCGGAAGCGUCUGGGUGAGGAAGAGGCGGGGCAUCUAUUCGCUCAGAUGCUGAACGCUGUGACACACUGUCAUCAGCAUGGAGUGAUCCUGAGGGACCUGAAGCUCCGCAGGUUCGUCUUCAUGGACAAAUACAGGUGAGACAGAUUAUUCUACUGAUGGUCCAUACAGACUGUGUUAACGGCUAAAUGUCAGAUUCAGAUUAACUCAUGACAGAGUUUUAAAAAAUUAAAAAUAUUGUUAAAAAAUCAUCUCAUAGUUGUAGUUUUAAGAACCAUUCUGCAACACCCUGUUACAGUGUUGCUGAAAAUGCUGAAUUAGCCUGUGAGUGUAAUAUUUCAAGUAUUUAUGAUGUUGAUAUGUAUAUGAAAGUCUAUAGAAACUGCUAAAAGCACCUUAAAACUUCUGUUGACCGCCGAGUGCUCACAGCAUCAAAGCCUUAUCUGUGAUCGAAUCUCUUCAGGACUCGUCUCGCUCUCCUCGGCCUCAACGACUGUGUCCUCCUGCAUGGUGACCACAACGAUGACUCCCUGACAGACAGACACGGCUGCCCCGCCUAUGUGAGCCCCGAGCUGCUGACUAACGGGAAAGGCUCUUACUCGGGCCGUGCUGCAGACAUCUGGAGCCUGGGCGUGUCUCUGUACACCAUGCUGAUUGGACGUUACCCUUUUCAGGACACACAGCCCGCCGCACUGUUCGCCAAGAUCCGCCGCGGCGCCUUCAGCCUUCCUGACUGGCUGUCACCACAGGCCAGGUGUCUGGUUGGCUGCAUGCUAAGAAAGUCCCCUGCGGAGAGACUGGAGGCAGCAGAGCUGCUGAUGCACCCGUGGCUGACUAAUCCCAGCACGCCACAUCACAGCAUCCAAAAGACUCAGAGCAGCUCGCAGCAAACACCGCAGCAAACACCGCCAAGCAGGGAGGAGGAGGACGAGCAGGUGGUUCCUACCUGGACUGAAAAACACUAACAAACGUGUGUGCAGUUCUAUUCUUGUGAGAACCUGCACAUUAACUUCCACUAGCUUUCACUACUGCAUAUAAGUAACCGAAACCUCUGUGCUACACCGACUUCAAACACAACCUGUGAGGACCGUUGGACUGGAGUGACUCAAACAGCCUCUUCUUAAUUUAUUACCCAGAUUCCCCCUCAAAAAAUCUCCAGGGCCUGGUUGUUCAAAAAUUUCAAUCUUGGACUAAAAACCCCAAAUUAAGAAAUCCACCUGUCAUUAUUCAGGAUCAGUUAAUUCAUUUUCCCUCUUUUAUUACCUUUAAAAAAACCAAAAAACAGAUUGGCUGCCCUUACAUACUUUGACCAGAGGGGGCGCUAACCUCCCAACAAAAAGUCAUACAGUUGCUUAUAAAUGAUUAAGCUUAAUGACCAAGCAGGAUUUUAAAGCUUUUUAUUGGCGUUUUAACUUAAGGGCUUCAUUCAUAAUUGUCAGGAAUUUGAAAUCCAAGAGCAAAGUUUUAAAACGUGUUAAAAUAGGAGAGUAAAAAAUGGUUUCAACCCUUUAUUUCUGUAAUCCAGCCCGACUUGAGUACUCUGCAUUGAUCGGAAUAAUCCUGAUUUCUUGGGCAAAAUCAUCCCAACAUUUAGGAACUAAGUCUCCCAGCUGAUUUGAUCGUCUUUGAACAACUGGGCCCUGAGUAUACUUAAGUUAUCAUGCGAUGAUAACAUAAUACAGUGCAAUGCUAGAAAAGAUGACUACUAAAGCUAGAAAAUAUUGAAAAUUAGUUUUUUUUCCCCAUGAACCAAAGUGACUCUGAUUUAAAUCUUUAUUGGCUGAUAAUUGAGCCUGAAUGUCCAAAUGUUUCUUCUUCAGGAAAAAUGUCGUCACAAGGGUCCUCAAAAACAUGGAAGAAACACACACACACACACACUUCAAAACGGUCUGAUCCUGGAUUACUUGACCCGACCCUCAGGUGCCUUCAACUCCCUGUACCUGUAUCUCAUCUAAGCCCCGCCCCUUAACCUCCAUAGUCGCAGCUUUAAGAAAAGACUCAGUGAGUCAGUAUGGGUCUAAAACGCGCUCAGACAUGGUGUGUUCAGGCACCCUCCCCUCUUCUUCUGCAGGCCUGAAUUUAUGGAUAUAUUUACACCUCAAAAUGUGAUUUUCUCACUUAAUUGGACUUUGAAGGAGACGGGGCUUGAAUGAGGCACAGUUUCUUCCUCUCAGUGUUUACACUCUUGGUUGCUCUUUAGAAACUCUAAGUGAAGGAUUAAUCAGUGUUUUUAAGUAAACAGAGCUCUUUUUAAAGAGAGUACAAAGAUGUUGCUCUGUAAAUUUAGCUUCAGCCUGACCUAACUUUGUGCAGCAGCCGAAUUUUCUAGACCUGUUACCUCAGGAUUAAAACUUCACUGACUCAUCAGCCCAGAGUUUUUCUGCAGUGUGAUCUUAUUUUGCUUACAGUAAAAAUGAAAAACAGUUUUAUGCUUUCAGACUCUUUCUCUGUCUUUUGAAAAAGUGAAGAAAUUACUAAGAUCCAUCAGUUGUCAUCUAAAAAUAAAUAGUUAAAUAUAUCACCAGGAUGACACAUCUGAGAAAAGUUUCUGGAGUAAAUGCAGAAGUUAUAAUCCUGAGAAAACCGGACUAUAUAUUUUCCUUGUUUCAUUUUGACUGACAGAGCACAACCCCACAGAACUGCAGCUCGCUAACAGGAUGCCUUCUUCUGAACGUUUAAUGCAGACCUCAUUUACAACUGGAGAAUAAAUAAAAGUGGUUUUACAAAAAC